GGCGCGGUUUCGGGCUCCAUCAGCGGCACCACCGCCGGGCGCGGGCGGCCCGGGCCGAUGAGCAAAGCGUGGCGGCGGGGCAGGAUGGAAGGCGGCGAGCACGGUGAGGAGGACGAUGGCGGCGGGCACGGCGCGCACAAGAAGAAGCACAAGAAGCACAAGAAGAAGCACAAGAAGAAGCACCACCACGAGGCCGCGGCAGUGCCCGAGGCCCCGCAGCCCACGGCCGCCCCGCGGAAACCGCAGCUGAAGCUGAAGAUCAAAUUGGGGGGGCAGAUCCUGGGUACCAAGAGUGUGCCCACCUUCACCGUGGUCCCUGAAGCACAGAGUUCCCCCUCCCCGCUGAUGGUGGUGGACGAGGAGGAUGAGCCCACCGAAGGAGUGCCCAUUGAGCAGUACCGGGCCUGGCUGGAUGAGGACAGCAACCUGGACCCCUCCCCCUUGCCGGACCUGGACUCAGAGAGUUGCUUCCCCACCCGCGAGGAUGAGGAGGAGGAAGAGGAGCGUUGGCUGGAUGCUCUGGAGAAGGGCGAGCUGGACGACAACGGAGAGCUCAAGAAGGAAGUGGACGAAUCCCUGCUGACGGCGCGGCAGAGAGCCCUCCUGCACAAGCAGCAGAGCCAGCCGCUGCUGGAGCUGCCCAUGGGCUACAAGGCCAAGGAGCUGACGGAGGAGAUGCUGGUGAAGCGCGAGGAGCGGGCGCGCAAACGGCGCCUGCAGGCGGCCAAGAAGGCGGAGGAGAACAAGAACCAAACCAUCGAGCGGCUCACCAAGACCCACAAAGCCAAAGUGAAGGCGCUGCGGGAGCGCCGCGCCCGGCCGGCCGCCUGCCCCGUGGUGCAGUACCGCAACGCCGCCGAUCUCAUCACCGUCUCCUUCCCCGCGGGCGCCGCGCUGCCGCUGCUGCCCAGCACCGCCCCCCCGGUGCCGCCGGCCGCGCUCUGCGGGGUCAGCGGCUGCGCCAACCGCCGCCGUUAUUGCUGCUCCCGCACCGGGCUGCCGCUCUGCAGCCUGGCCUGCUACAAGCGCAACCUGCAGCUGCAGGAGGCCGCCGCCUGACCGCGGGCUGGGACCGACGCUGCGGGACUGCA